UUCGUUCACACCCCCCUCACCCACGCAAACGCUGAGAGGCAGAUCAUCUUUGGAAGAGAGAAUUAAGUAGUGAUCAUGGCGAAAAGUGAAGUGAAGCUUCUGGGGGCAUGGCCGAGCCCAUUUGUGAUGAGGGCUCGGAUCGCCCUUAACAUCAAAGCUGUUGAGUAUGAGUUUGUUUUAGAGACGCUUGAGCCCAAGAGCCCGCUUCUUCUCCAAUCCAACCCCGUCUACAAGAAAAUCCCCGUUCUCAUCCACGCCGACAAACCCAUCUGCGAGUCCCUCAUCAUCGUUCAAUACAUUGACGAGGUCUGGACCUCCGCUCCCUCCAUCCUCCCUUCUGAUCCUUACGAUCGUGCUAUUCAACGCUUCUGGGCUGCCUAUGUUGACGACAAGUUAUUUCCGACUAUGAGAGGCCUUCUGACUACCCAAGGAGAGGAAGCCAGGAAGGCAGUGCUGGAUCAAUUGGCUGAAGGGCUUGCCCUGUUGGAGGAGGCCUUCGGGAAGUGUAGCAAAGGGAAGGCUUUCUUUGGUGGUGAUCGAAUUGGGCUCCUCGAUAUUGCUUUUGGGUGCAUGUUGGGCUGGCUGAGGGCCACAGAGAAGAUAAGCGGGCUGAAGCUGCUCCACGAGGCCAACACUCCUGGGCUGCUGAAAUGGGCUGACACGUUUUGUGCCGAUGCUGCUGUUAAAGGUGUUAUGCCAGAGACCGAGAAGCUUGUGGAGUUUUCUAAGGUUAUUGUGGCCAGAAUGAGAGGAGCUCAUCCUCCUAAGUAAUAAGUUUAGUUCUAUGAACAACUUAGUUUGGUGUUGAUCACACUAGUAGUUGAUGGCCUCUUUGUUGUUCCUUUUGAUAGGAAUGGCCUUUUUGUUUAUGUGGGUGACUGCACUGCCCCAUACAUUUGGCAUCCUAUGAAUAAUCAAGUGUGAACUUAAAUA